AGAUGUUUGCAAUCUAAUGCGGCCAAUUUGUUGCAUUUGUUGAGCGUUUACGAUACUGUGAGGUAAAUAAAGGUAGAAAAGAAAAUGUAGAUAUUUUAAAUAUUACUCUUUUCUGAACGAAAAAAUAACUGCAGCAUAUUGCGACUUACGAGGAAGGUUUUCUAAAUAUUCUGUUAGAAUUUCAUGAGAUCGCCGACUAAUCUAAAAUUAAGACAAUCUAAAAUUAAUUUUAGACGUAUUAUAUGAAUGGAAUUGUGUAAAAAUGUCUGCGAUAUAAAUAUCGAAUUUACUACCUUCGAAGCUUGUACUGUCGUUCCAGCGAUUUCUAGUGUCAAAAGCGUGAUCAUAAUGCCUUUAUUCCCGCGUUUACGUCUUUCUUUCAGUAAAACGGCUCGAUUUUCUGCGGAUCUCGCUUUGUUUCGAUCGAUGUUUAAGGGAGAAAAAAAGAGCGUGCCAAUCGAACCUCGGCGGAAUAGAGCUUGGCAAGACUGCCUACGAACAAGUACCGACGAUUAUUGAGCGGCCAAAGAUAAAAGGUCGGUUUGACUGCCAUAAAGCAAAGUGUACGCGGCUCCACUUUAUGCUGAUCGAUUUGUGGUGAUUUUAUAACUUUGCCUGUCCAUAGCAGUUCCCGUGCGGAUGCCGCGGUUCAAACGAGCCGCGAUACUUUAUAUCUGCGGCGUGAACUCAAAAUGGAGCUUUACAUAUUCCGCUGCAAAUGGCCGAGGUGCAUGGACGACACAAAGUUAAACAAAUAUAAUGCAGCCCCAAUUAGUUACAACUCCACGAAAACUACCAGUGUUUGUAUUUCCUCAAAAUAUCACUUUUUUUUUAGACGAUCAGUCUACUCACAAACAAGUCUUAACUUUGUAUAACCCAUAUGAUUUUCCAAUAAGAUUUAAAGUAUUAUGUACUGCACCAAAUAAAUAUAAAGUUGUUGAGCCUGAAGGAACAAUAAAAGCAAGAUAUUGUAUUGAUAUUGUUGUCAGACAUACAGCUCUUGUGUUUAGUAAUUGUAAUGUUGUUGACAAAUUUAGAAUACAAAUGCAAGAACAUCCAACUAAACAGGCCAUAGGACAAAGAGAUGUUGAAGCUAAAUUACUUCCUGGCACAACAGAAGCAGCUGGAAGAUCUACACCAGAUCCUGAAAUGUUUCAACAGCUUCCCAUAAAUGAAACCAGACAGCAACAAUCAUAUGCUCUUAUAGCUCAAAAUAGAGCCAUUAAUAAAUACACACUGAAACCACCAAGAUCAAAACAUGAUUUAUUUCGUGGAAAUAUUCAAAAUAAGAACACAGAAAUUUACUUAUCUUCAGAUAUGAAUUAUGUUAUGGAUAAAGGAGGGACAAAUUAUAUAGCACUGAUUGCUGGAAUCAUUUCCAUAGUUGGAUUGCUCUUACCUACAGAAGGAGAGCAGAAUAAUAGAGUGCCUGAUUAUCUUCAUCUCUCCAUAAACUUUAAGUUAAUAUUUUCAUUUGUAUUGGUACAAGAGGCACUAAACACAUACUUCCCACAUUGGUUUUAUGCCAACUUUGAAAAGAUGAAAAUCUGUAGAUGUUGUUAACUCUGAUGGCCGGACUAAAUGACUGUAAAGACUCCAAAACUGCUCCACGCUUGCAAACCUACCAACCAAUUUUAAAUUUUGGUCGUAACUUUGUAUACUUGAUUGUUUACCAGGACUGCGUCGACUAUACCAUAACGCAUA